AUGUGUGAUGAAUAUAAUUUUUUGACUGAGGUGAGUUGGUGCUUUGGAAAAGGCAUGAAUAUUAUAGAACAACAAUUUUUAGGGUUUUUGUUAUCUAAAUUUCAACUUUUUAUAAAAAUUGUUACCUACAUCAUAUUUUUCAUUAUUUUCUCACUUAAAAUUUGGUUUUUAAUGCCACAAUGCUUUAUUUCAGUCAAAGAACAGCAUCUUAUCCGAACUAAGAAACCAGGUUUACGAUUUGCAUUCAAAGCUAAAUAUUCUAAGCCAGGAGAAGACAGAGUUGACUCAAGCUUUAGCUGGUAUUCGAGCUGAAUUGGAAGAAGAAAAACAAAAGGAUAACAAUGAACUUGAGGUAGGUGUUUAUGGUUUAAAAAAGGCAGUUGAAUGAAGGUUUAUUACCUAAAAUUGACUUAAAAUGAAUUUUUUUAUGAGUUUUGAUAAAUUUGUUACCUAAAUUUUGAAAAAUGAUAAUUUUUGUCAAGUUUGUUACCUAAAAUUAAAAAAGUUUUGAUUUUUGCUACAUUUGUUACCUAAAUUUUAAAAAUAUUGAAAUUUAAAGUUUUAUCUACCAUAAUAUCUUGUUCACCUUGAAAUAACCGUGUUUUAGUUAGUCAAGAAGCUGUUGAAUGAGAAACGAACUCAACUAAUCGAAAGUGAGAAAAAGAAGGCCAUUCUGGCCAAAGAAGUAAAGACGUUGAAGGAGAAUGCAACGGCCGACAAGGAGAAGAUGGAUGAUUUGCAACAGAAACUCUCGAAGCAACAUGUAAGUUUAAUAAAAUACUUGAAAUGUCAAAAUUUUGGAUUUUAAGCUUAUUUUGUUAUCUAAAAUACAAAAAACUAUGAGUUUUGCUUAGUUUAUAUAAAAAUCAUUUCAUUACAGAUAACAGCCCAAAAACUUCGACAAGAGAAAACGAAGAUUCAGAACGAGAUGGAAAAGGUAAAAGAGGACCUAGCACAAGCCGAAUCAGCGGCCAGCAGACUGCCUUUGGCCGAGUUACCUUCAGCCCGACGACCAACAAAGGCGUCGGCUGCGAAAGCCCAGACAAAGAAGCCGGCUGUCAGCAAGGGAGCCUGGAAGAAUGAUGAUUGCAACCCGAAUCUGAAGAACGUGCAUAAGAAUGAGAAUUUGGAUGUUCCUAAUGAGAUGGUGAAUUUUUUAAAUUUAAAAAAAGUUUUUUUCAUAGAUAAUAAGUUGUAUAAAAGUAAUGCGCUAUGUUUUUCUUAGCGAUAUGGAGUUCAGUAGCUCAUUACCUUUUAUACCACUUAAUAUGUUUGGUAUUGCAUAUUUAGGCAGUUUUGUGUAGUAUUAGAAUGUUCAAAUAAUUCUGUACCUUUCUCAAAGCUUACGGGGCACAGAAUUAUUUGAAAAGUUUAAUACUAUGUUUAUACUUGAAUUUAAGUGACUUUGAAAUCAAUAUUGCUAGUAUUGUGUUCAUGAACAUGUUUAAGAGGCUAAUAUUACUCAUUUUUAGCCGUGUGCAUCAACUGGAGGAACGUCGGCGGGAACAAUGUUAAACACGUUCGUAACACAUACUUUAUUCUUUAUUUUUCCUUAUUGA